GGGUCAUCAUCAAUAAUCGCCAUCAUCUUCUUCUUCUGCAAGAUUGAAGGUUUGAAGCUUUGUUAUUUUCCCUACCGCGAUGUCGAAGAAAAGAGGUGUUUCCCUGGAAGAAAAGCGGGAGAGGAUCCUGCAAAUAUUUUAUGAUUCCCAGGACUUCUUCCUUCUCAAGGAACUUGAGAAGUUAGGCCCCAAGAAAGGUGUUAUUACUCAAUCUGUAAAAGAUGUUCUUCAAAAUCUGGUGGAUGAUGACCUCGUUUCAAAGGACAAAAUAGGAACUUCAGUUUACUUUUGGAGUCUUCCUAGUUGUGCUGGAAAUCAGCUUAGAAAUGUCACUCGAAAACUUGAAUCUGACAUUCAAAGCAGUAAAGCACGGUUAGAAGAGUUAGUUGAACAAAGGGAGACCCUUAAGAAAGGACGCGAGAAAUCUGAUGAACGAGAGGAAGCCAUGAGUAAGUUAAAAGCUAUCGAUAACAAGUAUAAUGAACUAAAGGAGGAAAUGGUGCAGUAUGCUGAUAAUGAUCCAGCUGCAUUCGAAGAAAUGAAGAAUGCAAGUGAAGUUGCUUAUGCAGCAGCAAAUAGAUGGACAGACAAUAUUUUCACACUUCGACAAUGGUGUUCAACCAACUUUCCACAGGCCAAGGAGCAUUUAGAGAAUUUGUAUAAGGAAAUAGGAAUAACAGAUGAUUUUGACUAUUUGGAGUUACCAAAAGUUGUUGGUACAAUUAAAGAUCAGGAAGAAGACUCUAAUUGAAGUUCGUGAAGAGAAGAUAAUUUGUUUUCAUAAGUAAUUUCAUGUUGAGCUUGGCUCUCUUUUCAUUAGUCUUUAAAAUAAACAAAAGUUAAAAACUAAUGUGACUUGGUUUAUUUAGCCUUGAAACUAACAUUUUCUCAGAUUAUUUCUCGGCAUAAAAUUUUGAUAUAAUCAUAUAUAAUUUUCUCAUU